AUGACCUUGUUCCCCACCAAGUUUGAAAAUGGGAAGAUUGAGUACAAGAUAAGGUACAAGGGGAGAUCAAGGCCAUUCUCUAGAGCCAAGGCCUUGGUGACUUCAGAACAGUCCAGGGACCCAACCAAGCUAAAGGAGCUUCUGUCUCAAGUCCUCACUAUCACCCUUGAUGGUGUCAAAGGAGCCAGCUCGACCGAUAGCUCGAUCGAGCUAGAAACCAGGGCAACUCGAUCGAGCUACACAACUCGACCGAGAAAACAAGUUCAAGAUGUUGAGAGUGAAGGAAGCAAGCAGCUUCAGAAAGAGGGAGAGAAGCAAGAAGAAGAGAGAAAGGAGCAAGAUGCAAGGAUUUGGAAAGGAGAUCAAGGAAGGAGAACCAGCAGAGGAGAUUCUCUGAGGAGCAGUCUGAGAGGAGAAUUGAGGGAAGAGAAGGAGAACCAAGAAGAAGGAAUGACCCAUAGUAGUGAGAGUGAGCAAGGAGAGUUUGAGAUUGGAGUGAACCUUGUUCAAGAGGAGAAAUGGUCUCCAAGUGAGAAGGAGUGA